GGCCUGGCUGCAGAUGCGGUGGCGGCCGCGGAGCGCCUGGGGCGGGGGAUCUGCGGGCCCGGCGGAGGGAGCCCCAGCCCGACACCGCGCCGCCGCCGCCGCCACCAUGGCUGCAAAAGACCCCACAGCUGUAGAGAGAGCAAACUUGUUAAACAUGGCUAAACUGAGUAUCAAAGGACUCAUUGAAUCUGCUCUAAGUUUUGGUCGCACUUUGGAUUCUGACUAUCCUCCCUUGCAGCAGUUCUUUGUUGUUAUGGAACAUUGUCUGAAACAUGGUCUUAAAGUAAGAAAAUCAUUUUUGAGUUAUAAUAAAACUAUCUGGGGCCCUUUGGAACUGGUAGAGAAGUUGUACCCAGAAGCGGAGGAAAUAGGGGCCAGUGUCCGGGAUUUACCUGGUCUUAAUGAGUUCUAUGAGUAUCAUGCACUAAUGAUGGAAGAAGAAGGAGCAGUAAUUGUUGGGCUCCUGGUCGGCCUGAAUGUGAUAGAUGCCAAUCUGUGUGUGAAGGGAGAAGAUUUAGACUCACAAGUUGGAGUGAUUGACUUUUCUAUGUAUUUGAAGAAUGAAGAAGAUAUUGGAAAUAAAGAAAGGAAUGUUCAAAUUGCUGCCAUAUUAGACCAAAAGAAUUAUGUUGAAGAAUUAAAUAGACAACUGAACAGCACAGUCAGCAGCCUCCAUUCAAGAGUCGAUUCAUUAGAAAAGUCAAAUACUAAGCUGAUUGAAGAGUUGGCAAUAGCCAAGAAUAACAUCAUUAAACUCCAAGAAGAAAAUCAUCAAUUACGAAGUGAAAAUAAAUUGAUUUUAAUGAAAACACAGCAGCAUCUAGAGGUUACUAAAAUAGAUGUGGAAACUGAGCUUCAAACAUAUAAACAUUCUCGGCAGGGGCUGGAUGAAAUGUACAAUGAAGCCAGAAGGCAGCUUCGAGAUGAAUCUCAGUUACGGCAGGAUGUGGAGAAUGAGCUAGCAGUACAAGUGAGUAUGAAACAUGAGAUUGAACUUGCCAUGAAGUUGCUGGAGAAAGAUAUCCACGAGAAACAAGAUACUCUGAUAGGCCUUCGACAACAACUAGAGGAAGUUAAAGCGAUUAACAUAGAGAUGUAUCAAAAGUUGCAGGGUUCUGAAGAUGGCUUGAAAGAAAAAAAUGACAUAAUUGCCCGACUAGAAGAAAAAACCAAUAACAUUACUACAGCCAUGAGGCAGCUGGAACAAAGUGACAACGAUUUGUUAACUCAAACUAGGACAAUUGCAAUGUCAUUGGUGAAAUGUGCCAGCAGUGACACUCAGGACCAGUACAAACUGGUCAAAGAUAUAUCUUUCUGAAAACAACUUGUAUUUAAACAGACGAAAAGAGAAUCAACAAUUUUAUAAUAUAUUAAAUAGAAAAGAAUAUAUGCUAUUAAGUAUUUUAAAAGGGUAUUAGGAGCCCUAUACAUUUUUGGUCAGCUACUAUGGUAAUACACUGCCAUAAAACAGAGUGGGUGCACUUGGAUUUACAAAAUUAUAUUCCUUAAACCUUGUGCACAAAGGCUGAUUGGAGUAUUGACCCUUUCGAGGUCAGGAUUUUCAAAUGUAAUUUUCUCUUUUUAGGUAUUUUUUGAUGGAAAAUAUAAAAAUUGUUUUAAGUUAACCUUUUGUUUCACAAUGUGUUGGCACAGAUAUGUUUUUCCACAUUGGCCUAUUCUUGCCUAGUGGCUCCCUUACUGUUUUGUAGUGUGUUUUAAAAUAGCUUAUAACCCAGAUUGGACAUGAUCCUGUGCUUUAACAUCUCAAUUUUCCAGUUCUCCCUGGCACUCUUCUAUGAUAGCACAACUUCGCGGCCUACCUCACUCUCUUAUUUUACUUUCUAUAACACUAGAGAAAAGCUUGUGUCUACCCCUGCUCCCUUAAUCUUUUAUUUGAGAUUUUGAGAUAACUUAAAUGUUACUCUCCUUUCCUUGGAAACAGCAUUUAUACUCCCGAAAUGCAUAAGCGAUGCCUCAUUGAUAUGGUUUUAAGGAAGAAGGGAAGAGGCAGGUUUUUUUGGUUAGUUGAAUAGAAAUUUCUCUUGUGAUUCCCUACAAGGAGUUAAUGUCCCUUGAAUUUUGGGAGCUAUUUUCUUAUAAAAAUAUUGAAGUUAAAUCUAAGAAAUCUUAGAUGGCCAAAGGAAGGCAGGGAGUGGAGCUAAGCACAGGGUUAAGCAAUGAUUUACAAGUAAAAGUAGCAAAAAUGAAAAUCACAUUUGAGCCAAUUUUUAAUAUUCAAUGUUGAGGAACAAAAAUGAUCAUUAGAGAGUGAUGCCAACUAGCACUAAGUUCUUUUUGAAUUUAUAAACAUAUACAUAUGCAUACACAUACACACAUACACACAGAGAGCUUUGGCAUAAUUCAGUGAAGACCCCAUAGGAAGAACUUGACCAUCAUUUGAAGUAAUUGCAGGUCUUUGCUCUUGGCCUUGUAGCACACUUGAUUCCUGGCAUACACAUCAUAGCAUAACAUAUAACAGUGGCUUCUUCACCUAGUGUAGACAUAAGUACUAUGCUUCUCAUGGUUUUGUAAAAAGGCAGUAAUAUACCUAUUAUACUUUGAUUCAUUAUGCUCUACAUAAGUGGUAAAGGCUGUAUUGCUUUGCAUUGUUAAUUAAGAACAAGAAAUAAAACAAAUUCUAAGAUAGUA